AAGUAAAAAUGUCUAUGUGUGCCUCAUAUAAAUGGACGGAAAGCUACAGGAGAGGGAUAGAGAGAGAAACAGUGGGUGGGAACUGGGACCAUUUAUCUCUCUGUGUUCUUAAUCUCAUUCUAUGGGAAGACCCUUAGGGGUAUAGUAGUAUUUUGACCUAUAUUUCCUUUGACAUUGUGUGAGUUUAACCGCUGAAUAAUCAACAUGAAUGAGGAGAGAGUAGAGGUUAAAACUUUGCCGACGUUUGAAGCUGGAUCAUUAGCUGGGGCUUCUAAGGUACACCCAGAUUAUGCUUCCCCUGGCAAUACCUAUUCUGCCAUCUUGAGCCGGAAUGAAGCUGUGAAGGAUGCCAAGCGCUUGAAGACCUUCCUGGAGCUUAGGGACAAGUACGUCCGCAAGAAGGUGCUGUUUGAAGACCCACUGUUCCCUGCAAACAACACCUCCCUCUUCAAGAAUCGAAGGAUUCCCCUUGAUAUCAAGUGGAAACGGCCAUCGGAGAUCUGUGAGAAUCCCCAGUUCAUCAUUGGUGGAGCAGACAGGACAGACAUCUGCCAGGGAGACCUAGGUGACUGUUGGCUCCUAGCAGCCAUCGCUUGCUUGACACUGAAUGAGAAACUGCUGUACAGGGUCAUCCCACCAGAUCAGAGCUUCACUGACAACUAUGCUGGCAUCUUCCACUUCCAGUUUUGGCGGUAUGGAGAAUGGGUGGACAUUGUGGUGGACGACCGAAUCCCAACAAGCAAAAAUAAACUGAUCUUCACAACAUCUGGGAAGAAGAAUGAGUUCUGGAGUGCUCUCCUGGAAAAGGCUUAUGCCAAACUCCACGGCUCCUAUGAGGCCCUGAAGGGAGGGAACACGCUGGAGGCCAUGGAGGACUUCACUGGUGGCGUGACGGAGUACUUCAGUGUCAGGGAGACACAGAGGGAGCUGUUCCAGAUCAUGAGGAAAGCCCUGGAGAGAGGCUCCCUCAUGUGCUGUGGCAUAGAAGACUUGGUCCCACAAAAUCGUGCAGUCAGAACACCUACAGGUCUAGUGAAAGGGCAUGCCUACUCCAUAACUGGUGUUGAACAGGAUGGCCAGAAGGAGAAGAAAGAUAUCCAGAUUCGGCUGGUGCGUCUGAGAGACCCUUGGGGGGUGUCCCCACUCCCCACCUGUAAGUCUAAUGACUGGGCGUCCCUUGCCUCAUCAAAAGAGGAAAACCAGAGGCUUCAACCAGUUGAAGAGCUGGGAGAGUUUUGGAUGUCUUAUGAGAACUUCCAGGGGCACUUCACCAGAGUCGAGAUCUGUAACCUGACCCCUGACACGCUGCAGGAUGACCGUACUGUUAACUGGACAGUGACCGUCAACGAGGGCCGCUGGGUGAAGGGCUGCUCUGCUGGAGGCUGCAGGAACUUCCCAGACACUUUCUGGACAAACCCUCAGUACCGCAUUCGGCUCCUGGAGGAGGACGAUGACCCGCAGGAUGGGAAAAAGGGCUGCACUGUGGUCAUAGCGCUGAUGCAGAAGGAGCGACGGAGAGAGCACCUUAUGGGGCCAGUCAUCCACGCCAUCGGCUUCUUCGUCUACGAGGUGCCAAAGAAGCUACAAGGCAGUAACAUGCCUCUGUCCAAAGCGUUCUUCCAGCAGAGCGGCUCUGUGGCGCGGAGCAAGUCCUAUGUCAACCUCAGGGAGGUGACUGUGAGGGUGCAGCUGAAGCCUGGCGAGUAUGUUAUCGUGCCCUCGACCUUUGACCCUAACCUGGAAAGCGAGUUCAUUCUCAGAAUCUUCACGGAGAAGAAGAGCACAUCAGAGGUGAUUGAGGGAUCAAUUCAAGCUGACCAGUCAGGAGACAAAGAAAAAAAGAAGCUGAAGCUUGGCCAACCUCAGGAGGAGAGUGAGGAGGACAAGCAUUUCAGGCAGAUUUACCAGCAGAUUGCUGGGGAGGACCUGGAGAUCUGUGCCAAUGAGCUCAAAAUGGUCUUGAAUGGGGUGGUGGCUAAGUACAUUGACCUGAAGGCAGCAGUCCUCGGCUUGGAGAGUUGCAGGAGCAUGAUUGCUCUGAUGGAUACAGACAGCAGUGGCAAAAUCAACCUGCAAGAGUUCAAACACCUGUGGAAAAAGAUCAAGCAGUGGCGGAUGAUCUUCACACGCUACGACAUGGAUAAUUCUAACACCAUUAGGAGCUUUGAGAUGAGGAAUGCUGUGGAAGAUGCAGGCUUCCGUCUCAAUAACCAGCUGUAUAACAUAAUAACCAUGCGCUAUGCAGACCAGAAGCUGGAGCUGGACUUUGACAGUUACAUCGGCUGCAUGGUUCGACUCGAAGGGAUGUUCAGGGCAUUCCAAGCCUUUGACAAAGAUGGAGAUGGUUUAAUCAAGCUUAAUGUUGUAGAGUGGCUACAACUGACCAUGUAUGCAUAGGCCACUGCCGGGACCUGGGAGGCCUAUCACUUUAGGCUGCCUGGUGAUGACCCAUGAAACUUCAAGACUGACUGAAGCAGGAGUGACUUACUUGCCAGUGGCUCUUUGUACUGCUCUGCAGAUACUCCUAACAUGUGGACUAAGCUAUGGAUGGUUGUAUAAAGUUUAAAAACUGGUUUGGAAAACUGGGCCAAGUGACCUUGUAAACUGUUCUGAUCUUUCUCUCAACUGAUUUUUUUUUUUGCAAUCCAUGCUCAGAUUAGCCAAUAGUCAUGAGCCAUAGCUGAAGCUCAGGCCUAAUAACUGGUUUCAGAAUGAUCAUAAUUAAACAAAUCA